CACCUCAAGCGAAGCGUCGCUUGAGAAAAAAACUGCUUUGUCACGCUGACGAUAUGGAUUUCAUUACAGUUUUGAUAUACCGGCGGUUUUGAUUCGUUCUUUUUUUGCGGCCCAUGGUAACGAUACGCGCGGUUAGACAUGUUUUUUUAUAGUAAGCUUUAGUAGAGGUAUUCGUGGUUUGUAAGCAGCAUUUCCAACUAGCGGCGAAAGAGGGCGAUAUUCACGCUUGAGUUAAACUAACAACUCUAUCGACCUGCAGAUAUCGCCGGGGAGAGUCUAGCUCACGCCAGCCGACGAUAGAUCGGUAUAAAUAGUGCUCUCCGUGCACCAGGUCUCAUUGUGAAUUUGUCGGCGGACAACUGCAUGUAUCGUAGAUUUACUGAACAAGAAAUGGCAGGCAAGACAGCAGCAUCCAAGUUGAAAGUUAUUGUAUUUCUAGGGUCAACACGCGAAGGCCGCGUGGGUUUGAGAGUUGCAAAGUUUAUCACGGGGCAACUCGAAGCUAAAAACUACGAAGUGGAAUUAUUCGGUAAGUUGAAAUCGUAGUAUAAAUUAUAAAAUUAAAAUAAUAAAAAGUGAAUUUUUAUCUACGUCACGCUGGCGCCGGUUUGAGUGAAGGCUAAAUGUCUUGUUAAAUUCUUUAUGAAAUCUAGUAGUAACUCUCAUGGCUCAGCCUUUUAACUUUACUAAUAUUAUUACUAAUACUAUUACUAAUUACCGACUUCCUUUGCUCCUAUUUCUGCCACAAUACUACAGAGGUGUAGUUAGAUAUGUGUACGUUUGGGCUUGGGUCAUUCAAUUUGUUUCUUCUUAACUUCAAAUGAACUCAAUGGAAUUUACUGACUUUUUAUUAUAAGUAGCUAUCAAGCCAUUUUCAUUAAAUUUAAUUUAUUACAUCUUAGCAUGAUUGCGGUGAUAGGCAGGAGUGAUAACUAGCGUUCUUAGCAACGGAUUUACUUGUCCACAGUGCUCUCCCAUAUUAAUUUAGUCUUCUAAUAGUUUUAGGACUCCCCGAGUAGGAGUCUUGUUUUGUCAUUAAAAAAAGUCUUUACCAGAUUUCAUUUUUCUUGAUAAUGCAUGCCACAUGUGAACUCAAAAAAUCUCUAACCUUGACUGCCUUGAGACUUGAUUCAGCCUUGAUUAAUUUUAAAACGAACAUUUCAUUGGUUUAAAGUACUUUAUAAAUUUGAUUUUUGUAUUAUUAUCAUAAUUUAGAUCCGGUUGUGCUGAAGUUCCCUCUUCUAGAGAAAGCCCUUCACUUUUACCAGGACAGGAAAACUGCCCCAAAAUUGCUUUUGGACUGUGAGGAGAAAAUCAAGGCGGCUGAUGCCUUUGUUGUGGUGUCUGCAGAGUACAACCACAGCAUCCCACCAGCCCUUUCCAAUAUGCUUGACCACUUUCCAGGAAGCAUUUUUGCCUACAAACCUAGCGCAAUUGUAACAUACUCACCAGGUGAGUUGAUCUUUUCAAAUAAUUUUUUUUUUAAAUUUUAAGUUUUAUAAAAGCUAGGUCAUAAAAAUGUGGAUUUUCUCUUGAGGCUCAUUAAGUAAAUAAAUAUAUACUAGGUUUACCCGGUUGCAGUUUUUCUUACACCAGGACCGAUACCUUGUAUGUUCAAUUUUUUUAAAAAAGGGGUUAACUUCUCAUUUUGUAUAAUAUGCCACAAAAUCUACUGCCGUAUGUGGUGGUGAGAGUGAAUAUUGCCUUCAACCGCUUGUGUCAAGAAAUAACCCACUGAUAGGAACAUUUAUUUGCCGGAUCCUGUAACAGAGAUGACAUUCAACAAAAACCCAUCAUCAGUGAAGAUAGUGUCUUUUUAUAACAAAGGCUUAUGAAAAAAGUCACACUAUAAUUAAUAAUGCCCGAGUUCAAAAGUCACAUGACUGGACUGUCUUUUUUUUCGGGGUGGGGGGGGGUUUGCGCUUCAUAAUGGAAGCAGGACACAUCAGCAGCAAAAUAUAUUAGUUUGUUUUCUCUUAUAUUGUUAAUGGUUGAAGUUUAGUCCAGAAAAAUGCAUGAUGAAUUCCAGAUAUUAAUUUAUAAACAUUAUGAAGAAAAGUAUGCUUAAUUUAAGCAUAUGCUCUUUUUGUGACCUUUGAAUAAAAAAUUUUAAUGUAUUCUUAACUCCUCUUGGUUUGGGAAGUGCGAAAUUUUAAAUAUUUCCCAAUGGCAUAUUUUGUUUCUGCACAAGAUGAUCAGUUGCAAACAUAAAGUAAUUUAGAAGCUUUAAUUUCAAACAAUAUUUAGUGUGUUGCAAUACAGUUUAAAAAAACAACCUCUUUAGCAAUAUUAUUUAUUGAAGAAUAAAUUAAAACCAAUCUUUUGUUUUCAGGACCCUAUGGAGGCAUGAGGGCGGCCAUGCAAUUGAGAGCAUUCCUUAGUGAAUUGGGCGCACUCAGCGUCUCAAAUAUUUUUGGCAUCCCAGAGGUUCACAAGGCCCUGGAUGAGAAUGGAAAACCGUUGAACGAUUUCAUGGUCAAGGGUGCCACAACUCUACUGACACAGCUGGACUGGAUGGCUUGGGCCAUGAAAAAUCACAGGGAUGCACAUGGGGUGCCAAAAUAAACACUGGGGGAGGUACCAAAAUAAGUUAUUCUCAUCUGUAACACAUUACCAGAAAGGUGACAAUGCAUAAUCAUAUCACAAGGGCAGCACCAUAAAAAUCCCUAAAAGUGCGAAAAGAAGUGAGGUUACAUCUUGUAUAUACGGUAUUUUAAUUUUAUGUAGAGUUUGUUUUCAACAUGUGUAAUGACAUGACAUUAUCGAAUUAAAAAAACAACUAAAUUGUAUAAAUCAAGAAAAUGCAUGAAACUAGUUGCCUUUUUUUUUUUAAAACCAAUUUAACAAAAUAAUGACCUCUUAUUUAAUACCGGUACUUUUAGUUUUUAAAGACUUCUGUGUUUACCAAAAAUAAAAUUUUGUUAGGGGAAAAAAAAUAAAGUAAAUAAGUCAUGCCUCUACACUCUCAUAUAAUGUUGGACAUCUCUGUACAUUUUAUUAUUACCAUUCCCAGCUUUUUUUGUUUCUUUGUGUGUUUCUAUUCUUGCCUCUUUAUUUUGUAACGAUAUUUGUUAAGGGGCUCUGUAUAUCAGUGUUAAGUUAAGGUGCUGGUUCACUGCUUAUGAGUCCAAAUAAUCCUUCAAACAAGAAAAAAAACGCAGUAUGUUAUAACAAUAUUUUUUUUUUCUGCCAUUGCUGUUAAGUCCCAGAAGGAAUGUGAUCUCAUGAUCAUUGUGAUACACCUUAAUAAAUGAAUUUCAACUAGGUAGUUAGGGAGAUUAUUGUGAUCAAUUUUAUUUUGCUUGCUUGUAGAUUGUUAUUGUACAUUUUUGCAAAAGUUAAUAAAUAUUUGUUGAAAAUGUG